GGAGGUGCGCGGCGGCGGCGCGAGGAGCCAGCGCGCAUGCGCGGAGGCAGUGGCUGCGCGCGGCGGCGGCGGCUUCCCCCCCAGCCGCAGCCCGUUCCCGCCCCGCCAUGUCCGCCCUGUGCGACCCCCCCGGCGCCACCAGCCCGCCCCGGCCGCCGCUCAGCUCCCAGGAGCUGGCGCAGGAGAUCAAGGCGUUCCUGAGCGGCGUGGACCCCGUGCACGGCACCAAGCUGACGCUGAAGGAGCAUGCCCGCUGCGCCAUCCUGCUCCUGCGGAGCCUGCCGCCUGCCCGGCAUGCCGUGCUGGAGCACCUCCGCGCCGUCUUCGACGAGCACGUCUGCACCCACCUCCUGGAGCGGGAGAACGGCGAGGCGGGGCUGGGGGUGGCCGCCGGGCGAGCCCCGGGGCCCAGCCUGGACGACGUGGUGCAGGAGGUGCAGCACGUGCUCUCGGACUUUGUGCGGGCCAACCCCAAGGCCUGGGCGCCCGUCGUCUCCGCCUGGUCCAUCGACCUCAUGGGGCAGCUGAGCAGCAAGUACGCCGGGCGCCACGGCGUGCCCCAUGCCUCCAGCCUCAAUGAGCUGCUGCAGCUGUGGAUGUCCUGCAAGGCCACGCGCACCCUCAUGGACAUCUACACCCAGUGCCUCUCCUCCAUGAUCAGCACCUGCCCCGACGCCUGCGUGGACGCCUUGCUGGACACCUCAGUGCAGCACUCCCCCCACUUUGACUGGGUGGUGGCCCACAUUGGCUCCUCCUUCCCCAACACCAUCAUCAGCCGUGUCCUCUCCUGCGGCCUCAAGGACUUCUGCGUUCACGGGGCAGCCCCCGUGGACCUGCUCUUCCCCACCGCUGCCGACAAGCGGGUGCCCAAGAUCGCGUCCGUUGUGGGCAUCCUGGGCCACUUGGCCUCACGCCACUCGGGCAGCAUCAAGCAGGAGCUGCUGCGCAUGUUCCACGAGAGCCUGGGCCCCGUGCGGGACCAGCACCAGAAGGCCACGGUGCCGUUCCUGCUCCAGCUGGCCGUGAUGUCACCCAUGCUGCUGGGCACCAUCUCCUCCGAGCUCGUGGACUCCCUCAAGCCCAGCGUCCUCAACCAGCUGCACCAGCACUUCGCCUCGCUGCCCCGCGAGGACCUGGAGAACAUGGUGAGCAUCGUGGUGCACCUCAUCUGCCAGACCUCAGCCGGGGCCUACCGCAUCCUCCAGUUCCUGGUGAACACGGCCAUGCCAGCCUCCGUCAUCACCACGCCGGGGCUGGCCGUGCACGACAGCGUUCGCGAGGCCUGCGACCGUAUCAUCCAGCUGCUGCUGCUCAACCUGCAGAAGCUGGUGUACAACCGGGGUGCCCCCAGCCUGGGAGACGCCCCACCGCGCCCCGUGCCCUUCCUGGACGAGCUCAAGGGCCACGUGCGGGAGCUGUGCGUGGAGACGCUGCGGCUGGAGCGCAAGCGCUUCCUGUGGCAGCACCAGCUGCUGGGCCUCCUGGCCGUCUACUGCGCGCCCAACUGCGCCACCGAUGCCCUCUUCUACCUCCUGACGCUGGCCCGCAGCCAGGAGGAGCUGGGCUUGGCCACGCAGCUCUACGCCGUCCUCAGCUCCUGCAUGACCGACCUGCUCCCGGCCACGGUGAAGAAGUGCGUGUGCCAGAUCCACGCCGGUGGCCUGCCAGAGCAGCACGUGGUGCAGCUCUUCCACAACCUGGCCCUCAUCGUGCAGUGGGAGGGCGAGGGCCCAGCCUCCAUGAGCACGCAGCUGGGGGCCGUCCUCUCCCACCACCUCCACGACCUGGGGCAGCUGCUGCUGCACCGCAGCCCCGAGGUGGCGGAGGCCGCCUCGCUGCUGCUCUCCGUCUGCCCCAUGCCCCGUGCUGUCCGCCCAGCUCACCUCCUCGUCAUCGUCCGCUCCGCCGUGCACCAGUUCUUCCUCGUGCUGCGCCGACAGAGCCCCACCAGCCUCAGCUACAGCAGCCGGCUGCUGGCGCGCCUCAGCGGCACCUCGCCCGCUGCCACGAAGGCCGUGCUGCAGCAGCUGGUGGAGGGAGCCCUGCACCGGGGCAACGCUGAGCUCUUUGGAGGCCUGGGGGAGGCCUCCAGCGGGGACGAGGCUGGGCUGGAGGGGGCCCGGGUCUCCCUGCUGGACACCAACCGCCGCUUCACGGCCGCCGUCAACUUUUCGGGCAGCGUGUGGUCGGUGUUCCACGCCGGGGUGAUCGGGCGGGGGCUCAAGCCACCGGUGGCAGCGGGUGGGCGGGCGCCGGAGGAGCUGGCGCACAACGCCCAGAGCUUCCUCAGCCUGCUGCUGCGGUGCUGCCGAGGCGGGCGCUACGGCCUCGCCGAGACCCCCGUCCCGCCAGCGGCGGGCGUCAGCCCUGAGGCGGCCAAGGCGGUGGCGGUGGUGCUGGUGGAGAGCGUGUGCCCGGACGUGACGGGCAGCGAGCUGUGCUGGCCGCCCGAGGAGCACACCCGCAGCACCGUGGAGCGCGACCUGCAGAUCUGUCGCCGCUUCCGCGACAACCCCCUGCUCUUCCCGCUGCUGCGGCUGGUGGCGGCCGGGCGGCCAGCCCUCUGCUACUGCUCUGUGCUGCUCCGGGGGCUGCUGGCCACCCUCAUGGCUCACUGGGAGGCCUCCCGCGAGAGCGACACCGCCAGCUCCCCCUGGCACCUCCAGGCCUCCUGUGCCCUGGUGGCCUGCAUGGCCGAGGGCUCCCUGCUGCCGCCCGUGCUGGGCAACAUGCACGAGAUCUUCCACCAGCUGGCCCCCUUCGAGGUCCACCUGCUGCUCCUCAGCGUCUGGGACUACAUGCGCGACAACAGCCCCCUGCCGCAGAAGUUCACCUUCCAGGCCGACCGUGGCCUCUUCUUCCGGGACUUCUCCCGGGACAGCGACGUGGGGAAGUACCUGGCCGUGCUGCACAGCGUCCUGCACAAGAACAUCGACCGCCUUGGCCUGCUGGCCGGCCGCUUCCGCACCUAGCCCCUGCCCCGCGGCUGCCCGUGCCCUGUCCCUCCCGUCCCCUGGCCUUUUCUGUGGCCUUUUCUAUGGACCGAACGUUGGACUCUGCGUGGAGCAGCAGCGCGGGUGGACCCGGUGCUCCUCCCCAGCCUGUGGGCUGCUGUGGGGCAGCACCACCCAGGGCUUCGCUUCCCUCGCGGGGCUACUGAGAGCCGUGGGCUUUUCCGUGCCUCUGCGUCGGGAGCAGUCGCUGGCGAGGGCCGCAGACGUGGAGGCGGCGUGGUGCUGCCUGGAGGCUGGAAGGCCCCAGGCCGCCAGGGGCAAGGACGCUCUCCGGCACCUCUCCCCUUUCUGCGCUGGCCCUGGUGCAGCCGAGGCGGAGGUGAGGUGGUCCUGCCCCGGGACCGCGUCGCUCGGGGGUCCCAGGGAUGCGGCCACCAAGGGGGCCUGGUUCCGCCAACCCUUUUCUAAACAAAGAGCAGAAGGGAGCGGCGAGCCGUGGCGUCUGUGCAGCCGGGCUGGCGGGGCCCUGGCCACCCCCACUUGCCCCGUGGGGAAGCGGAGCUGGAGCGGAGCUGCCCCGGGCCCUGGCCCCGCUGCAGUGGGAGGUGGCCGAGGGGCUGGGCCGGGAGGGAGCCGGGGGGGGGGGUCAUGGUGCUUCCCAGGGGAGCCAGGGAGGUCAUGGUGCUUCCCAGGGGUUGGUGAUUCCCAGUGCUGCCCCCCCCCCCCCCCCCGCUCUCCUGCAGGCUCCAGCGGGCUGCAGGGCCUAGGGGAGGGGGGACGGGACGACCGGCAUGGGCCGGGUCCCACUGCUUUGCCCAGUUUGUUUUUGCACCAAUAAAGCCCAGUUUUGCGUCA